ACCGUACCCAUUUUGAACUUCCGGACUCCGGAGAACAAUAAUACUGAUGUCACCGGCCAGAAAUGUUAAAUCCUCGCUUCUAGGCCCAGUAAAAUAAACAUCUCCGACCAAAACUUCCAGAUAUCAUGCCUCUAUAAUUAUUCUCAAACAUUCUCAUGAGGAAGUACCAGACACUUCACAAAUGAUUAAGCCAGUCUGAUGCCUAUGCUACAACAAUAAGACCCCGCACCUUAAAGCCCAACUUUCUUAUCUAGAGUCUUUAGGCAAUCGAUAUUCCAAUCAACUGGUGCUGAUAACUAGCGAGUUCUUCUCAACCAAACUGAAAAACCUCAAGUUUAUAAAGUAUAGCUUUCUGCCCGCUUCUGUAUUGAUGUAGAACAGAAACAAAAGCAUACUACCUAACCGUUCAAAAUCAUGUCCGACCGUACUCAUACAGCGUUUUUCUACGGCACACUAAUGGCCGCUGAGGUGUUCUUUACCGUCUGCUAUAGGUCGUCCACUGAAAAUGUCUCUUUGUUAAAGAGUCUUCAUGAUUUCAAACCAGCUAUAUUGCACGGGUUUUGUCGACGCCGAGUCAAAAAUGCGGACUAUCCGGGAAUUAUACCUGAUGAGAAUCAUGAGGUCAGGGGGAUGUACGUGACAGGCUUGACAGACGCAAACCUGUACCACCUCGAUGCAUUCGAAGGUGACGAAUAUGAGCGUCGGACGGUGAAGGCUCGCCUACUCUCUAAGGUUGGGAAUGACGCGGGACGAGGCAAUGUUGAGGGCGAGGAGGUCGAAUGCGAAGUAUACGUCUUCCUACACCCCAACUCGCUAGAGGAUCGAGAAUGGGACUUCCACGAAUUCCGGACGCAGAAAAUGAAGAAAUGGACGCGAGAGGAUUACGGUUUCGAGGAUACAGAUCACUUUUCUCCCUAGGCCGUGGAGGGUGAUGAGAAGUCAGCUGCUGUCUGUAGCUAGGGGUGAAUAU